GUCACUCUAUCACCGUCUUCCUCAGCAUGGCCGAUGUCAUCACACACCAACUCUCGCCGAGAGCUUUCUGUAUGCAGGACUGGAAGAUUCUGUUUCUGGAGACGGCUAUUUCACAACUGAUGCAGAAACUCUUGACAAUAUAAAGCAGGGUCCGACUGGGUCGAGCAGACACCAGAAGGUCUCUGCUCAGCCUCCAUCGAUUGCCCUUGGCCACCUCGGCAGCAUGAAAGCAGCCCUUGUCCUGCUUUUUGCCCUGGCACUUACCACCGUCUUCGAUGUAGAAUGUGCCAGACGCCAACAGGUUGACUGCAGUCAGUAUAAAAAGUUACCGCCAGGAGAAGAGAGAUUUUGUUAUGAAAUAUACGCACCAAUUUGUGGAUCUGAUGGCAAAACUUAUGGCAAUGAUUGCUACUUUUGUUUUGAAGUUAAGAAAACUAAUGACAAACUUAAAUUUGUACAUUUUGGAAAGUGCUGAAUCUGUCUUGUGAUUCCAGUUUACGAGACACAGUUUCUUCUCCCAUACAUAGUAUGCUGGUUGCCUAAUCUUGUCACCAUUAUGUCUUGAUUUCUUUGUAGAAUAUAGCAGGCCUAAGAAAAAUAA